AGGCCUCUGGGAAAGCGCCUCCGACAGGUGACAGCCCUCGGCGCUGCUGGGGCCCCAGGGGCCGGCCGGAGACGGACGGGCCGGGGAGCCGCGGAGAGGCGGGAGUCCGCCCGCCAUCCCCGGCGGCGCGGCCGGAAGCAUGGAGCGGGCGGCGGCGGCGGCAGGGCCGGCGGUGGAGGGUGGCGGCGUGAGCCGGCGAGCCGUGCGGGCGGGGGGCGCCGCGGCGGCGGGCGCGGGGUCGCGGCAGCCUAGCACCGAGACCCUGGACAGCCCGACUGGAUCCCACGUGGAAUGGUGUAAACAACUGAUAGCUGCAACCAUUUCAAGUCAGAUUUCAGGGUCUGUCCCUUCAGAGGGUGUGGCCAAAGACUACAGGGUGUACAGGAGGCCAGUUAUACGGGCACUGCGGGAUGGAAACAAACUGGCACAGAUGGAAGAGGCUCCACUUUUUCCUGGAGAAUCAAUCAAAGUUAUCGCUAAGGAUGUUAUGUAUAUCUGCCCAUUUAUGGGAGCAGUCAGUGGUACGCUCACAGUGACGGACUUCAGAAUGUUUAUCAAAAGUGUUGAGAGGGAUCCACCUUUUGUUGUUGAUGUUCCCCUUGGAGUUAUAAGUAGGGUUGAAAAAAUUGGAGUACAGAGCCAUGGAGACAAUUCAUGUGGUAUAGAAAUAGUUUGCAAGGAUAUGAGAAAUUUGCGGCUGGCCUAUAAACAGGAGGAGCAGAACAGACUGGAGAUCUUUGAAAACCUUGUAACACGUGCAUUUCCUGUUUCUAAUGGGCUGCCUCUUUUUGCAUUCAGCUACAAAGAAAAGUUUGCUGUUAAUGGCUGGAAAGUGUAUGACCCAAUGGCAGAAUAUAAGAGGCAGGGCUUGCCCAAUGAGAGUUGGAAAAUAUCCAAAAUUAACAGCACCUAUGAGCUUUGUGAUACAUAUCCUGCUGUUCUUGUUGUGCCAACCAGUGUAAAGGACGAUGACCUCUCAAAAGUGGCAGCAUUUAGAGCAAAAGGGAGAAUUCCUGUGUUGUCCUGGAUUCAUCCUGAGAGUCAAGCAACAAUAACACGAUGCAGCCAGCCAUCAGUUGGCCCAAAUGAUAAGCGUUGCAAGGAAGAUGAAAAAUAUUUGCAGACAAUUAUGGAUGCCAAUGCUCAGUCACAUAAACUUAUCAUCUUUGAUGCCAGGCAGAAUAGUGUUGCAGACACAAACAAGGCUAAAGGUGGAGGAUAUGAAAGUGAAAGUGCCUACCCAAAUGCAGAGCUGGUCUUUCUGGAGAUUCAUAAUAUACAUGUCAUGAGAGAAUCCCUGCGGAAACUUAAAGAAAUUGUUUAUCCUACUAUUGAUGAGACUCGGUGGCUGUCAAACGUGGACUCCACACACUGGCUGGAAUAUAUAAGGAUGCUUCUUGCUGGAGCAGUAAGAAUUGCAGAUAAAAUUGAAUCUGGUAAAACCUCUGUAGUGGUGCACUGCAGUGAUGGCUGGGAUCGAACUGCACAGCUCACUGCACUGGCCAUGCUUAUGCUGGACAGCUAUUACAGAACCAUCAAGGGCUUUGAAGUACUUGUAGAGAAAGAAUGGAUAAGUUUUGGACAUCGAUUUGCAAUGAGAGUGGGACAUGGAGAUGAUGAUCAUGCAGAUGCUGACAGAUCUCCCAUUUUCCUGCAGUUCAUUGACUGUGUUUGGCAAAUGACAAAGCAGUUUCCUGCAGCAUUUGAAUUCAAUGAGUUAUUUUUGAUCACCAUUCUGGAUCACCUUUAUAGUUGUCUAUUUGGAACUUUCUUAUGCAACUGUGAAAAAGAGAGAUUAAAAGAGGAGUUGAGCACAAAGACUGUAUCUCUGUGGUCCUAUAUAAACAGCCAAUUAGAGGAAUUCACAAAUCCCUUCUAUGUAAACUAUGAAAACCAUGUCCUGUAUCCUGUUGCCAGUCUGAACCAUUUGGAACUGUGGGUGAACUACUACAUCAGGUGGAACCCAAGGAUGCGGCCUCAGGUUUUGAAAACAUCAAUAUCAAAUGCAUGGAUUUUGGAUGUAUGUUCUUUAAAAAGCGAGAAUUCACAAAAUGUUCCAAUCCACCAAAAUCUUAAAGAACUUCUGGCCAUCCGGACAGAGCUUCAGAAGAGGGUUGAGGAUUUGCAGCGGGAGGCUGCCACACGUUCCAUUUCCUCCUCCUCUGACAGAGGUUCAUCUCCUUCCCAUUCCACCACACCAGUGCACACCUCUGUGUGAUGUGGAACUAAAGCCAUGUGAAAAAAAUUAGUGUCAGAUAACACAGAGGGUGAAAUGCUUUUCCCAUCACAAAAGGAUUGUGAGUGACUUGUAAUUGCUAUGAUCUACAUGCCUUACUCUGUGUCUGAUAAUAUCACAAUGAGGCCAAAAAGAGCUUCAAUAGACAUGGUGUAUUUUCUUGUUGGCAGUUCCUAUAUGUGUUUUGACACUCUAGCUAAGUCACCAAUUGUGAAAUUAAACUUUGUUUUGAGCAACUAACAAUUUAGCCAUUCUGAAAAGGAAUCCAUCUGCC